UUGUUGUUCAUCAUGUACCACUCAUCAUAAUCAUAGAGAUUGGAAGCUAAAAUGUCAAGUGUGAGUUCCAGUUACAGUUACAGUUACAGUUACAGUGUGCGGUUUUGGACCUCAGAUUCAGCUGCGAGUGCUUUAUCACUGUCUUGUUCUUCACUCAGAGUUUCUCCUUCUGAUUCUGGUGAUGUCUCUUUUGUUGCUGUUCGGAAGCUUGAAGGAGGAGGAGGAAGAAGAAGACGGAAUCGAACAAGUGUGAAUACGAGUGGUGAGGAGCGGUCGGUGACAGUUGCAUCACCAGAUUCCGCGAGUUUCGGUGAUGAUAAGGUUGUCGACUCAGCUGAAUCUGUUGUGCGGAAUUUCUAUGGAGGAGUGAAUGUGCAUGACGUGGAUUCUGUGGAGUAUCUUAUUGCUGAGGAUUGCGUGUAUGAAGACCUUGUCUUUUCACAACCCUUUGUGGGUCGUAAGGAAAUUAUAGAGUUCUUCAGAAAGUUCACUAAGUCUACCAGCACGGAUCUGCAGUUUGUUAUAGAUGAUUUGUCCACCAAGGACUCCUCAUCAGUUGGGGUGAUAUGGCAUUUAGAGUGGAAGGGCAAGCCUUUUCCCUUUAGCAAAGGAUGCAGUUUUUAUCGUUUGGAGGUGAUAGAUGGCAAGAGACAAAUAACAUAUGGGCGAGACUGUGUUGAACCUGCAAUCAAGCCUGGGGAUGCAACUUUGGCUGUGAUAAGAAGUGUGACAUGGAUUCUGCAGCAGUUUCCUCAGCUGGCAGACAGGCUAUAGUGAUAAGUCUGCAUUGUUUUCUCCUUCACAGGAUUAGUAUGCUGAUUUGAUUGAAAUUGGGUUGUGUAACAUAAACUUCCCCAGCGCAGAAAAGGUGAAAGGGCUGUAAAUAAAAAAGGAAAAAAGAUAAAUUACAAUGUAAAUGUUGUUAAAUUUGCUAAAUUUGUAAACAUAUGUUUAUAAUGUAAAAGUUCUUAACAUAA